AGCCAGUAUUUAAAGGCUGCCGCUGCCCUCGCCACCCCAGUCCUGCCAGGACGGUGACAGUGAAGCACCUGGGUUGAGAGGUAGCAGCAGGUAACUGCGCAACCCCUGCCUCCCCCGGCCCCAGCCCGUGCCUCAGCAGAGCCGGGUGUGGGGGGGACCCGGGAGUGGGUCUCACUGCGUGUCGCCUGCCAACACCUUCCUCCCCCACCAUCCUUACCCAGCCCCAGUCCCACCCAGCACACCUGGGUGAGACAACCCAGGUGCGAAGGACAAGCGAUUACUACCGAAGAGCUCGCAAACCAGGAAGAGAGCGGCCUCCUGGAGAGAAAACGUGAUCCCAGGGGUAGACACGUGGCACUGCGUGGAGAGACAGGGUGACGAGACGAGGCUCUUCUGACCGUCCUAUCUGGCAAAACUUGACGACAGCUUCUGGGUCGCUACCAUCUAGACCUCUCAGAGCUCCCCGAACGAUGACUCAGACCCUCGACACAAGGGAAGACCCUCUGAACCUGGGCGGCGGUGGCUGGGCACACUCGGCCUCCUUGAGCUCCUGGUCGUCCUGCCAUCGAAGGCGCCAGGGCCCUCCAGUGUACAACAGGCCGCACCGCUAUAGCCCCAAGACCGAGUAUGGGCCCCCAAGGAAGCAGCCGAAGCCACAGCACGGCCCGGGCUUUUGGUUCCAACCACCCGUGUGCUUUAACUGGGGGUGCUGGGGAGGGCCCUGGCGCCCACCCCCUCCAGGAUUCCGGAAGUUCCAUUGCCCAGUGCAAGUGUUUCGGGUGUAUGGCCUGCACCCUCUCUGCUUUUGCUGCUGCUCCUGCUGGAACGGGUCCUGGAACCCUAGCUGGGCGAGGCCCCCAGGCAGGAAGAAGCGCUGGGGCCGCAGGGGUCGCGGCCUGCGCCACCACCCUCGCCGCUCCUCCCCGCGGAGCCCGCCAGCGAAUGUGAGCACGCUGCCGCGGCCGGUCAAGCUGUACGAGUGGAGAGAGCCUGGCAUGCGAGCGCCGCCCAACACCACCCAAUUCAUCAUGAACCAGAUCUACGAGGACAUGCGGCAGCAGGAGAAGCUGGAGCGUCAGCAGGAGGCGCUGAGGGCGCAGAAGGCCCCGGUGAGCGGCGAGGCCUCCCCGGCCAGAUCCUCCGGAAACGACGCGCCCCCUGGCGGCAGCGAGGAAACCUGGGGACUGCAGGAAGCUCUGUAUGGUUUUGUGCAGAAUCCCUCUCUAGCAUUCAGUCCUAAACCAGAGGAAAACCAGUCUCUUGCCCCGUUGCUGGUGGAGGAAGAGGAGAAGAAAAAUGAUGAGGAGGAGGAGUAUGACCAGGAGGUGUGUGAUGCAAAGGAGGUGAGCGAGGAGGAGGAAGAAGAGGAAGAGGAAGAGGAAGAGGUCGAAGAUGAGGAGGAGGAAGAGGUCGAAGAGGCUGAAUAUGUGGAGGAGGAGGAGGAGGAGGAGGAAGAGGAGGAGGUAGAAGGGGAAGAGGAGGUCCUGGAGGAGAACGAGCAGAGAGGGGAAGAAUUUCAUUUGCCUGCUUGA